UCCUCCAUCUUUGCUGCCGUCCAUGAGCGGCGUGAGCGAGGAGGGGGUGGGUCCAGUGGCUCUUAAAGGGGGCACGGCCCGGGGUGGGGCCCCCUCGGCGCGGAAUGGAGCGCGGAGCGGCAGAGGAGCCCUUCCCAGUGGACUCGGCCCGCGGGGGUCGUCCGCGGGCCCCAGAGUGCGUCCGGCGCCAGAAGCGCCGGGAACUGGACGCACGGCGCAGCAAGUGCCGCAUCCGCAUCGGGGGGCACCUGGAGCGCUGGUGCCGCCUCAAGGAGCAGCUUGGAUUCACCCUGCACUCCCAGUUGGCCCAGUUCCUCCUUGACAGGUACAGCUCUCAUGGCUGCACCUGGAGCCCAGGAGAGCUGGAGCUGGAGCGGCUCCAGCCGGCUGCACUGCAGCGCCUGGUCGUGCUGUCCCAUGGCCAUGGCCAGGAGUGCGGCUUCGUGCCGGACAUCCUGCUGCCAGCACCAGGCAGCUCAGCCCCGCUGGUUUGGGAGUGCGUAGCUGGGCACCGCUUCUCGUGGGGCGGCUCCGGGGUCCCCAACAGCCCCUCCAGUGACCCCCCGAGGGCGGCCCAGGGAGGCAGCCCCUCCCUGGAUGCUGGACGCCGGCACUCGCUCCGUAGGGCCAUGCCGGGCUCCAACAAGGCCGGAGUGGAGGGAGUGGCCGGGUCACCCUGUGGUGAUGGGGAUCGGGGCGAGGAGCUGGGAGAUGGUGGUGACAGUGGUGGCACAGCCCGCCAGGUGCCACCGGAACCGGGGCCUGUGGCAGCAGCUGGCGGGAGCAGCGCCAUCCCGGGGAAGGACGUAGAGCCAGGAGUUGAGCCCCGAGAGGAAGAGGAGGACGAGGACUUCGCCGAGGGUGAUGACCUGGCCUACACCGAUGACCUACAUGAUGAGAACUACCACCCGUCCCUGGACAGCGACUCAGAGCCACAGCGACACCAGAGCCAACCCAAGGCCCGCAAGAAGCCAAUCAAGGAGGAGCAGCCCCUGCUCGAGCCGCCCCUGCCCAGCUCUGGCCCCUCAGAGGAGAAGAGCGGACGGGUCAGCUCUGGAACCUCCCCAGAUGCAGCUGGAAGAGGGACCACCCUUCCUGGAGACCCAAUCCCAGUGAAGUUGCCGGCGGCGACCACGGGCAAGCGACAAGGAUGUGGCUCAGAUCGGCCCCAAGAGGAUCAGGAAGGCGGCAAAGCGCGAGAUCCUCCUGUGCGACUUCGAGGGCUGCGGAAAAAUCUUCUCCAACCGCCAGUACCUGAACGUGAGCGCCUGGAGGGACUGGCUCUUCCUGGAGCGCUGGGGAGCCUGGGUGGGGUGUCCUGGAGCUGGAAUUGGGAGCUGAUGGGCUUUUCCCCCCGGCAGCACCACCAGAAGUACCAGCAUGUGCACCAGAAAACCUUCACCUGCUCUGAGCCCACCUGUGGGAAAUCCUUCAACUUCAAGAAGCACCUGAAGGAACACGAGAAGCUGCACAGUGACAAGCGGGACUACAUCUGCGAGUUCUGUGCGCGCUCCUUCCGCACCAGCAGCAAUUUGAUCAUCCACCGACGGAUCCACACUGGGGAGAAGCCGCUCCAGUGUGAGAUCUGCGGCUUCACCUGCCGCCAAAAAGCCUCCCUGAACUGGCACAUGAGGAAACACGACGCCGACUCCUUCUACCAAUUCCCGUGCGAUGUCUGCGGGAAGAGGUUUGAAAAGAGGGACAACGUCACCGCCCACAAGAGCAAGAGCCAUCCCAGGGGGCUCGAGGGACCACCCCAGCCCGAGGGAAUCCAGCAGCACCCGGAGCCCCCUGGGCCAGUGGAACCCCUGGAGCUGCUUGGGGAUGUCCUGGGCAGCGGGGGGGACACAGGGAGGACCCCACUGGAGUAUGGGGGGGGGGAUGUCGGGCAGGAUCCAGGCACGCCCCAAGGCCGGGGGAUGGGCGAGGGGGGGUCCUAGAGGGACCUGUCCCCCCGGUCUGGGGACUGGAGCAGGAUCAGGGACGAUGCUGGACCCUGCAGUGGCUCCAGGUGCCAAAAUUACAUGGGAGAGGCAAAACUUGGGAAAAUCUCAGCUUUUCUGCCAAUCCUGGGGCAAAUCCAUUUUUCUGCCAAAUCCCAGCUUCCCUCGAGCCCAGCACUGUUGCCACAGGUGGAUCCUCAGUAAAGACUUAUUUUGGGUAAAAGUGGGAUUUGGUGCCAGAUUUUUAUGGAAAAGAGACAGAAGAGUGAUAUUUGGGUGGUUUGGGCACAGGAAAAGGGCUUGAAGAGGGGGUGGAGACACCAAACACCCAGGAAUUGGGGACCCAAACUGGGAUGAGAUGGAGCUCCCAGUGGGGCUGUGCCCCCAAACUGGGCUGACAGGGAGUGCCCAGCUCCCAGAGUGGGAGCUCCCAGAGCUUCAAGCUUUUCCUUCAAACUUUAUUUAAUUUCCAUUUAAAACUUGGAUUUAAACCAGAAUUUGAACUUACAGAUAUUUGGAAGCUCCAAGUUGGGACCAAUUAGUGAAUCCCAAGUGGCCACAAAAGCCCUCUGCGUUCCACCCCAGCAGUCUGGGGACAAGGGCACGUCCCUGUCUCCGUUCCCCCCGAGCAGGAGCAGCUUUUCCUCCUCCCCCAGCACCAAAAACCCCCAAAUUAUCGGGUUUUAGGGAUUUUUUUGCACAGCAACAUUUUAUUUCCCCACUAACAGUGACAGGGCAAAGGACACGAACAGCAGCAGCGGGGAGGGCGCAAGGGGAGCGGGCAAGCGCAAGAUCACACCUAGAACACGGACCCCCCAGCCCCCCCAAAACCCCCCAGCUGACCCUGGCCUGGGUUUGGGGUGACCCCAAAUAUCCAUGGCCCCUUCCUGGGAUCCUGGUGCUCUGGGGGCUCAGAGUUUGGGGGAAGCAAGGGGGAGACAGGGGGAUGAGGAGGGAAA